AUGACGACAGCAACACCUACUACUCCCCCGCGUAAUUUCGCCGACAGGACCGCGUGGUGGAUGUGCAAGUGGUUGACACUGUCGGAAAGGGCCAGGAAUGUUCACGGACGACCAAAGUUAAUGACGGACGAUGGCGCCGCCACCCCGGGGCCGCGAACGCGACCACGAACCCGAGUUCGGACUACGAGCUUUUUAACCGCAACAACUUUAAUAUACGCUACCGGAGCUGGAAUUACAGCGGCUGCUGGCACCAGACUUGCCCUCCGGUUGAUCCUCGUUAACGGAUUUGAAGUGUACUCAUUCCGAUCACGGGGCCUCGACAGAGUCCCGCGUCGUUAUUUUUCGUCAAUACCUCCCCGUGCCGAGAGUGGCCGUCUCUCUCUCUCUCUCUCUCUCUCUCUCUCUCUCUCUCUCUCUCUCUCUCCUUGUCAAUUCCGCACCGGGCAUGUUUCCCUUGCCCCCUGUGCCCGAGAGCUUGUCAUUCGUGGAUCGAUCUGCUGUCUCAUUUGGCAGCCCACAAAAGACGGACAGAGAUGGAUGGACAGCCUCGUCGUCAGCAAUGACGGACAGCCUAAGAGAUUACAUAACAGUUUACCAUUCGUAUUUUUCCCAAUAUAUUCUCUUAAUACCUUUCCAUAUAAUAAUGCAUGUUCCGAUUUCCCUAUCACAUUUGCUGUUAUUUAUUACUACACUACUCAGAUAAUUUCAGUAUUUGUCUAUCUGCUUGAUUUGUAG